UGUUCGAAAUUGGCAACUCGGCAAUGGUGAUAUUGCCGCCCAGCGCCCUUGCAUCUUGUACCUUGCGAAAGUAUUUCUCCUACUUCUCUCGAAUAGCCAAGAAAGAUAACCGGUCCAAUAGGUUGCGCUGUCCCGUUUUAUGGUCCUGGAGAGCUUGCACAUCUCGUCGCUCAAGAAGCUUUUUAUCCUCGUCCUCACUCAGGUGGCAUGGGGCAUGGGGAUCCGCCGUGGAAGACAAAUCCGCCAGGAGGGAGAAAAGGGCAUCAGGCGGUUGCAUAUCCAUAUAUUGUUACAUUGCUUGGCGCGCAACUCGCAAAAAAACUGCCAAAUUUGGGUAACGACUUUUGCAAUCGUAUAGAAUCCUGGAUUUCGCCCCCAAUACACAUAUCCCAU